AUGAAUUCAGAACCUUCUAUACGAACCAUAAGUGUUAAAUAUACUGUUGUGUUUUGUGUUAUCAUUGGCUUCUUAUUUUUAUUUUCUCAAAUACUUGACAACUUAUUCUAUGAUUAUACUGUUAUAGAAACUGAAAUUGUCUUUAUCAAAAGAGUUGGUAUUUGUUAUCAUUAAUACAAGAUUAAACCAAUAGUAAAAUGAUUAUAGAAUUAAAUGAAGUUACUGAACAAAGUAAUUCAUUAGUUCUCACCUUAUAAAAUAACAUGUAAAGUACAAUAGAGCAGAUUUAUAAAAAAAUCAAUUAUCAAAUAAAUGAAGAAGAAGAUUAUACUUUAUAAUAAAUGAAUAAUCAAUAUCGAUAAUCAUUCAAUCUUAUAUCUUAAUCAAUGUUUUUAAGAAAUAAAAUGAACAAUUCUAUUGAUUCCAUUUAUCUAUUAAAUAUUAAGAAUACUUUUAAUACUGAAAUGGCAUAAGUUGGUAUAAUACUAAUUGUAUUUUAUUAGAUAUAUCUAUUUAUUCUGAUUAUGGGAGCAACUUUUUUGAUUUAUCAUAAGCAAUCACUUUAAAUAAUUUUUGGAAUGAAGAAUUGUAAUUAAGUUUAUAAAACAAAAUUGUAACAACCUUUAUUGAAGAAUCAAAUUAUAUACUUUUAGUUAUGUAUGAAUAUAACAAUAAUGAAUAAUAAAUUGCUUUAUUAAGAAAUAAUGAAUUAGAAAUCAUACAUACUACAAAUUAUUUAAUUAAGAAUAUUGCAACCAAAAAUCAAAAUAUAAUCUUUAAUUAUUAAAAUGAUAGAGAAAUUUAUAUAUAUGAUUGUAAUUAAUUUACUCUUAUUUAAGUGUAGUCAAUUCAUAAAAAAUAAACAAAAUUCAAUCAUUCCAAAUAAACAAUGUAUUAUAUUUUCAAGUGAUGAAAUUAUUCUUUUUUAAUGAAAGCACAAUUGGUGUAUUUUAUUUAGAGUAUAUAAUUAUAUUAUCCUUAGAGUUACAAAUGAUAAAUAUAAAAUUAUUGGAAUGGCUUUAAAUGAAUAUAAAAAUGUAUUCUUAAAUAUAGAUAUUACUGAAGAGAUGAUUAGUCUUGAAUAAAUCUAAUAAAUUGAAUUACUUUAUGAUUACAAUGCAGAACAUAAUAUAUUGAUAGUAUCCUUUGGUAAGAAAUAUCUUUACUAUUUAAAAAUAAAACCAUUUAUGUUUGCUAAAUAAUUUGAUUAAUGGAAUCCUAAAAAAAUUAAAUUAAAUAUUUUUGAAUAAGAAAAAGAAAUAUUUAAGAAAAUUAUAUAUGAUCAUUAAGAUCAAAUCAUAUAUAUAGUAUUAUUAUUCAUAUUAAUAAAUAUUAGUUAUCAGAAAGUUCUUAAUCCAAGCUUAAAAUGCAUUUAGUCGAUAUGAAAAGUCUAGAGAAUAAAUCAAAUAAAAUUGAUACUAUGAAAUUAAGAAUGCCAUACUUUAAAUAUGGAGUCUAAGCUAUAGAUUUUCAUAUCUAAAAAAAUUAAAUCAAUAAUAAUGUCAUCCUAUUCUUGCUAAAAAAUGGAGAUGUGGCAUGCAUUCAACCAUUAUAGUAUGGAGAAGGAGUUCUAAAGAAGACUUUCAUAAUUGAAUUGUUAGAUAUUGUGUUAACAUUAUCUUUUAUUGGAUUCUUCAGAUAUUUAAAGAGAUUAUUACAAAAAAUAUAUUCAAAAAUUAUAUCUUGUUGUAGAAGAAUUUGA